GUGUCUAAGUGUGAAGAGGAAGUUGAGGACGCAACGUUGAAGUGGUCGUUACAAGAGUGGCAACUGGCAGGAGAGGCACGCUCUCUGCUCCUCCAGAGGAAGAAUCUCUUCUGCCCCUCAAGCAACCGCUUGUUUGUCUUCUUCCCUGACCGCAUGUCCCUGAGCGAGGCUCUUCAUCUUUGUCAGAUUGUUGGAGGAAUUGUGGCAGUGCCCCAGAACGAAGAGGAGAACUCCCUUAUAUACCUGUCAACUCAGAAGUGGGCAGAGAAUUGCUCAGGACAGCUUGGGGCAUCGUAUAUGUGGCUAGGGGCCAAUGAUAAUAAGAUUGAAAAUAAAUGGGUUUACUGGGGCUCUGGAGAACCCAUACCCAAGCAAGGUGUCUGGCGUGGCAAGGGACCUAAUGGUGGCACUGUCGAGAACUGCCUGGUGAUGUUAUAUGGUUACUUUCAUGGAGAAUGGGCAGUAUUGCCUGCCUGA